AUGAGUAUUUUGAAGCCAGCUGAGGAUGACAAUGAUGAUAAUGAUGAUGAUGAUGAUGAUGAUGAUGACGAGAACGGCGAUGGUGAUGGUGAGAAUGAUGCCGACAACGUCCUCGUUAGUAAAGUCGAAAAGACUCGUCCUGUAGUAGUUUAUGUCUUCCUAAAACAGGCGCGAAUAUGGCCCUGUUAUAGUCCCCAGGUUUGUACAAUCACCUGA